AUGAAAAAUUCCUUCGAUUUCGCAGGUGGACGCAAAAUUGCCCCUGUUACUCCAACAAAUCAAGUCACUAAAAUGGACGAAUCCUCUUCUGAGUCUUCGGACGAAGAGCCGCCUCGCAAACCAUCCCGAGAAGUCAGGAGGACAGUGCUAGUAUCGAAGUCGCCCACCCCUCCCCCACCAAAAGAGCCGACGCCUAGUCCUAAGUCGCCAACGCCCGCACCCGUUGAGAAAACGCCACCUCCACCGCCAAUAAAGUCACCAACACCGCCUCUGAUUGUUGAAUCAAGAGCUCAAACUUCUCAAACUCGUGUAAUCACUCCAGUAGACUUUGAUUCCGAUCCUGAGCCUCUGCCUGAGCCAAAUGAAGAACGCCCACCUGUAGCUCCACCAGCGCCCCCAGCUCUUUCGGCUUUCAAGCCGGCCCCAGAAGUUAGAGAGUCGGAAGUUAUGGGUGUUCCAAAAUCUAAGGACGUUCCUUCGAUUUCGUAUAUUGCAGCUCAAGCAGCUGAAGCGGCAAAUAAACGAAGUUUGAAGAAAGCCGAUGGCGAAAUCGAUACUUCUACUGGCAAUUAUGGCUUAGAUUUCGCUCGCAAUGAAAAGAAAUUUGGAACUGUGAAAAGAUUCAAGAUUCCGAACCACCGAAAACCAAAAAUCGACAUUUUUGGAGAACCCGCGAAGCCUCAACCAGAACAUAAUCCGCCUCAGACGGUUCAUCAAGCACAAGGAAUGAAUCAAAGAGGGACUCAAGGAAAGUCUUACGCCUAUCAUUCCUCUGGAUCCCAGUUCCAAGGGAUGCCUCUCCACUCAUCGAAUCAGCAAAGCGUUCCCCCGCGAAGUCAUAAUCGAGCUCCGUCAGCACAGGCAAGCCCCACCCACCGAGAGAGUAAUAUUCCGAUGCCACCUCUUACCCCGCCACUAGAAGAUGCAGAGAACUUUAAUCGAGAAAUAAAUGACCAAAAUCCCCCUUCUCAAAUGGCUCCUUCUGUCGUUGGACAAGCUAUUCCUCCGCAAUCAUAUCCACAGAGAGGCUACUACGAUGAUAGUACCGCUCACCGGCGCUCUGUGCAGCAGCCAAUCCACCAGCCAGCUCCCAUACCAGAACAUCCAGGGCAUUUCCGAAAUCACAUUCCUCAAUACGCUCAGCCACCCAUCAACGAGCAAAUGGCACCACCGCCUCAGAAUUAUUAUCCUGCUGCUUCAUACGCUCCUCAAGAUCAUACUUUUACAGUUCCACAGCAGCAGUAUAACCGACCUUAUGAAUAUCAUCAGCCAGCUCCUCUAAUGCAUACUGCAAAUGUCUUACCAAGCCAGACUGUCGGCUACGCUCCAUCUGUUGUGGAUCAGCGUUCAGUCUCGCAAGCUCCACCGCAUCAAACGAAUGAUAAAGUUAUUCAAUAUGUUAUUCAACUUCCCCGCAUCCAUGAUCAAUCCGUGCAUGCUGCUGGACCAGCUCCCCAAAUCAUCAUCAAAUAA